CAGUAUUUGAUGGAGGCUACGACGUCGGCUUCUUCACCCUGUGGUGCUGGACCUGACGCAAACGAGCAGCUGCGGGUGCUGCUUGCUGACGCAAGUGGGACGGUCAUUACUUAUUUCUUCUCUGUGCCGAGGUUGAGCGCAACUUCUGCGUUACCUCUGGCACUCAAUGUGGGUACAAGCGCCGAGGACCGUAUAGAGCGGCCACAUGGCUGGACCUGCUGACGAGCGUUGCGGAGGCUAAACGCGUCCCGAGGUCGCUCGUAGCAUUGCUGCUUCUAGAUCCUACGACAGGAGAGGAAAUCAAUCAUGACGAAGAUGUUGUCGUGGGCAACGACGCUGAAGGGAGACAGACUUUUUAAUCAUGGCAGGACUUUUGUUGGGAGAAUCCUUCACCGGGGCCUGCGCACUUUCGCUGCAUUGUGCGACACCCUUCUCAUAAAGUGCUUCAGCUGUCGGACGAGCUACUAAACCGCAGGCGUUAAGAGCACAAUCUCAGUAAUCCUAAAGGAGGACCGGACGACGAGUCAGAGGAGGAAGCGUGUGGCCCUGCUGCUGUGAGGAUUGAUAAAAGCACAAUCGCGGGUGGUCCAGAUCGUCAAGAAAGAUAUGAUGGCAGCUGCAACGAUGGCUCAGCAGCUGAGGAAGACAACGAAGGAGCAGAGAAUUCCGAUUUUGCAUUCCUGUCGUUGAGCCGCCGCUUCCGAGCAUGGAUAAGAUCGUUCAAAUUCUCCAGGACGCUUUGGUUGCGCGAUGUAUGGGAAGUAACGCGACUGCGUUCGGAUAUCGGAUGGUAAACACAGCUUUUUUUCAACGUGUAUCCGAGUUCGCAUAUCUAUACAACGACCUGUGGUCGCCAUUUUCUUAUGUUGAUGAGUCAGCUCCAGCACCUCCUGCGUUCGUUCAGAACGAAGACUCCUCGGGUUCGUCUCAUGCUUCCACAAAACAGAAGUUACUAUCCGUCUCUUUCACUGGAACAAAGUACAACAAACAAGUCGGACAAGGUGGAACUGCACUUGCGGCGUCUUCUGAUGCGUGGUCCUCCCCACAAGAGAGACUGAUAUCAAGGCUAGAAUUUGUGUUUGACGAAAAUUCUGACGCUGACUGCGUGUAA